GAAACGGCUUUCACCUAGUCAUGAGUUCAGCCGAGCCUCGCACAUUUCUUCAAUUUCCAGUGAUGACAUGACAAAGCGCAAGGAAAUAUCAGACCGAAUUGGUCCUAACACAGAAUAUUCACUGCCAGGAGCAAAACGCAAGCGUGAUGGCGACGAGGACUCAACAGCAGAAAGUCCGACUUCAAGUCAACCGAGCAGCUCGAAAUCCAAACGGGGAGGAAAGGGAGGAAAAUCACGGCCGACCCUUCAGAAAGAAGCCAGCAGUGCAGUAGUACCCUGCGCUGUGGAAUGGCCAGAAGAGUUUAAGCAGGUUGAACGAACGCAUCGAGCUCUCAAUCUUGUCUACACCUUUUGCACCACUCGAAAACAUCUCGCCACAACAUUUGACACUAUAAAAUCUGCCGUUGAAGCCCAUAUCAAGCGGGAACUAUUGGUCGAUGAGAUUGCUUCCAUGGUGGCGAUUCGUCCUGAGGGUCUUUUCUUUGCAUAUGUCGACGAGAAUAUGCUGCAACUUGAUGUCAAAGGCACUGAAAGGGACGAGGUCUUCCGAACUGGCAAAUCAUUCAGGUCUCAGGCUCCUGCGCAUGAUGCUUCAGUGGGCGGGUACACUGGCAUGGACAGCCUUGACAAACAACAUGAUCGGGAUCUUGAACCUGCAGGACGAGAAGUCCUUUUUCUCGAAUUCAUCGAUGGCGAUCUGAAGAGACAAGUCCCAGGCAAGGCUGGCGAGCCAACGAAGCCGAACCGAAAAUUGAGAGACGAGCAGCUGAGAAUGCCUGUUUUCAGCCAAAAACAGAUGACCAAUCUGAUCGAGAGGCGUAACCAAAAAUUCACCAAUGCUAUUAAUGCCUUCCUCAACAAAUGCUCCGAAGAUGGGAUUGAUCCACUUGAAACUCUCAAAGAACAAACAAAGGCAUACUUCCCGACCCUUUCUGCCCAAGAAGAGUUUGCCCCGGAGAAGGCAGCCGAUUCGAUACCAGAAAGCAUACCAAAGGAACGAAAGACCGUGCCAGAAAUCGUACAGGAGCUCAAGGAGAGCCCCUGGUAUACUGGGCAGAUUGUCCCUGAUGGACAUCGAGUAUUUGAGAAGCAGGAGGCUGUGUAUGGGGACCUCAACUUUCUUUUGAGCCAGGAUUUGGUCAACGCUCUAUACAACGCCAAGGGAAUCACACAGUUCUAUGCGCAUCAGUCAGAGGCUCUCAACAGUCUCCACGAUGGCAAGCACGUUGUAGUGUCAACAUCGACAAGCUCUGGCAAGAGUUUGAUCUACCAACUCCCGGUCAUUCGUGCCCUCGAAGAGGACUACAACUCCAGAGCAAUGUACAUCUUUCCCACAAAAGCCUUGGCACAGGAUCAGAAGAGGAGCUUGAAAGAGAUGAUGAGUUAUAUGCCUGGUCUUGAAGAGACUAUGGUGGAGACUUUUGAUGGGGAUACUCCAAUGACUGAGCGCAAUGGGAUUCGAGAGCAAGCAAGAAUCAUUUUUACUAAUCCAGAUAUGCUUCACAUUACCAUAUUACCCCAAGAAGAGCGAUGGAGAUCUUACCUGAAGAACUUGAAAUACGUCGUUGUGGAUGAGUUGCACUAUUAUAAUGGUCAAAUGGGUUCUCACAUGUCCUUCAUCAUGCGAAGACUGAGGCGAAUAUGUGCCGCCGUGGGAAACCGGCGCGUCAAAUUUAUAUCGUGUUCUGCUACAGUUGCGAACCCAGAGCAACACUUCAAAACCAUAUUCGGCAUAGAAAACGUCCAGCUGAUAGAUUACGAUGGAUCUCCAUCAGGACGGAAGGAGUUUCUGUGCUGGAACACUCCGUAUAAAGACCCUGGCGAUCCUGCAUCUGGCCGUGGCAGCACCAAGUUUGAAUGCGCACGCCUGUUUUGUGCCCUGAUGCUAAGAGGUGUAAGGAUCAUUGCAUUUUGCAGAGUUCGGGCGCAAUGCGAGCUGCUCGUGAGCACUAUCAAGCAGGAGCUCGAGAACCUGGGGCGGCCAGAAUGUACCAAUCUGGUGAUGGGAUAUCGUGGCGGCUAUACAGCACAAGAUCGCCGCAGGAUCGAGACUGAAAUGUUUCAAGGUCAACUGCUCGGAAUUGUUGCAACCACUGCGUUAGAGCUCGGUAUUGACAUAGGCUCCCUUGAUUGUGUCAUGACGUGGGGAUUCCCUUAUACGAUUGCCAACCUGCGACAGCAGAGUGGCCGUGCUGGCCGUCGCAACAAGGAUUCACUUUCGAUACUCGUUGGUGACGGAUUUGCUACAGACCAGCAUUACAUGCAGAAUCCAGACGAGCUAUUCACAAAGCCCAAUUGCGAGUUGCAGGUUGAUCUGGAGAACAUGCUUGUGCGUGAAGGGCACAUUCAAUGCGCGGCAUAUGAAAUGCCAAUACGCCCAAAGGAUGAUGCAAAAUACUUUGGCAAAGACUUACCGAAGAUUUGCAUGGAGCGCUUAAUAAAAGAUGACAUGGGCUUUUAUCAUUGCCAUGAUAGAUUUCGCCCUGUCCCUGCAAAGUAUGUAGCUAUACGAGACACGGAAGACGACCACUUUGCUAUCAUAGAUAUCACCAACGGCCGGAAUGUUGUCCUGGAGGAGCUGGAGGCCUCCAGAGCAACUUUUACACUUUACGAUGGAGCCAUUUUUCUUCACCAGGGUGAUCCCUACCUUGUACGAGACUUCCAGCCUGACAAAGGAAUGGCCAGGGUGGAAAGGGUCAAGGUUGAGUGGACAACUAUUCAGCGUGAUUAUACUGAUAUCGAUCCUACGGAGACAGAGGCCAUCAGAACAAUCUCGAAUUCUCGGUCGCAUGCUUACUAUGGAACAAUCAAGAUCCAGCAAAACGUGUUUGGAUUCUUCAAGGUCGACAAGAAAAACCGAGUGUUGGAUGCGGUACAGGUGGACAAUCCACCAGUCAUACGUUUCAGUAAGGGAAUGUGGCUCGAUGUGCCUAAGAAGGCGAUGAGCAUUCUCCAAGAGAGACGGCUUCAUAUUGCCGCCGCGAUUCACGCAGCAGAGCAUGCCAUUAUGAGUCUACUGCCAGCUUUUGUUAUCAGCAUGCCUGGCGAUGUACGAACAGAGUGCAAGACGGCAGUGAAAGAGUUCGCAAAACAGGAAUCACAGCGGAAGCGACCAGCACGGUUAACAUUCUACGAUGCCAAAGGCGGUGCAGGAGGCUCAGGUAUCAGCACGAAAGCAUUUGACCAUGUCGACCAGCUGCUACGGGAUGCGUUGAAGCGGGUCGAAGACUGUCACUGUGAGCGAGGUUGUGUUGAAUGUGUGGCAUCAGAGUUGUGCAAGCAAGCGAACGAAGUGAUGAGCAAAGCGGGCAGUCAAGUGAUCCUCAAGACUCUGUUGAACGUCGAGAUUGAUAUGGAGUCACUGCCGAUGGGUCCAGAGUUGAACAUUCCCAUAGGUACUGAAACAGUUGUUCUGGCAGAACCUGUUCCGUACCGGGCCAAAGAGGCAGCCUUCGAGAACCGUAACAUCGGCGAUACCAACGAAUAAAGAACAACACGAGGUCUAAGUUUACAUGCCGCUAUCACUGUCAUUUUGUUAAUUAGUUCGAUUAUGACCGACUUGGCAAAGGAUUCACUUGCGUCCCCCCCCCCCAGUAUAUAUACCUACCUUCGUUCCAAGCAACGAAUCCAGAUCUCCAGUCUCUCUUAUAUACGGUCUACGCUCAAACUUCGUCUUCUUUUCGACUCUUUAAGCCAUUUUGGAUUCCUUUAUCCCUCAGGGCGUACUUCUGCUGUCGAAUCCCAAAAUUGUUUUCGCCCUAGUUGAAAUCACGAUGCCCUUCUUUCAUGGCAAAAUAUUCCCUCCAUCAAACUAUGGAUAUCGACUAUGCAGCAAUACAUGCUUCAGCUUGCAGGGUCGCUAGGAUGGUUAUAACUCAACUGAAUGGUGGACGAGCCGAGGGAAGCCCUGUCUAAUGUUGUCGAAUACUUGACGCCACGUCCCGGGAUAUGUACAAUUUAUCUUGUCUGACUCUAGUAGCAGUCCUAUUGUUAUCAUAAGCGUAUAGGGUUCUUCGAUUCUUUCCUCUACUGCAUUGCCUGCUCAAAUAUGAUGAUAUGCACCAACGGUGCCGGAAAUUGCCCAGGUUGACAGUGUUAGCUGCACAAGCAGACCGAGGCCGCCAGCUCUGGCACUUGUGAUAUCAGAAUAUCACACAGGAACUAGCAAAAGAGGAUUUGCAUAGUGGCUUGCAAAUUCAACAUGAAGCCUCCUUUGGGCGUCGAAUCGGAAUGGGAGUGUCGGUAGACGGGAAACCGGCACAGGGAAUCACAGAGUUGAUGCCCCUGUCUGGCUGAUGAACAAGCUUUUUCCAAGUCUAGCGUCUAGGGUGUGAUUUGGUGUUGCUGAGGUGGCCUGUAUGGGGUAAGAUGGCUUGGGUCUAGACCUCGGAAGGGUAAAGUGUGAAGGAUAUGAAAUAAGGAUAAAAACAAGAAUAAUUUGAAUCGCACUAGUUAGUUACGUAGGUCACCACUGUUGGUAUGACGAGUAGAGCCAGAUAUAGGAGGAUGAGUGAGAGUGCGAUAAGACUGCUUUUUAUGGUAAGAGAAAUGCCAGCAAUCAGCAAUGGAGCACCUAGCUCUGCUCUGUACAAUGAUGUCGUCUGGACAGCGGCUAGAGCGUCAGUGACGUAGCUGGACUAGGGUGAGAUUCAAGGCACUGCCAAGCAAUGUCCCCCCG